AUGUUUCCUUCAAGCGGAAAUGGCUGCUGCAGUGAUCCAAUGGCGUAUUUCGCUGCAGAUCCAUCACUUUCCUUCUUCAAUUUCCCCUCUCCUUAUUACAACCAAUGUGAGCUAGAAGCACUGCAAGACUAUGAUGUUUUUCUCCAACAAGACCGUGAUCUGUUGCUUCAUAACCAGACCUUGAUGGCGGCUUAUUCUGUCUCGGCCGACACCGUCACUAACACGCCUGGUUUCGGCCCCGAUGGAACGAAAGUAGCGCAGAAGACACCUGGGAAGAGAUCGUCGAGUUCCAAGAGAGACCGACACAUUAAGAUUAACACGGCGAACGGACCGAGAGACCGGAGGAUGAGGCUGUCGCUCGACGUUGCUCGGGAGUUCUUCUGUCUGCAGGACAUGUUGGGGUACGACAAGGCGAGUAGAACCGUCGAGUGGCUGCUCAUACAGGCGAGGCAAGAAAUCAAGAGGCUAGCGAGAACCCAUGUCGACGGCGUCGUCGUUGCAUCCGCCGCAGCAAAGAGCCCUUCCUCCACAUCGAAGGGCGAAGUGUUAUCGGCGGCGGAACCUAAAGCGACUGAGAAAAAGAUCAAACAUCAAGCUAAAACCUCUUUCAAUCCACUCGCGAGAGAUUUGAGGGACAAGGCGAGGGCGAGGGCGAAGGAGAGAACAAAAGCAAAGAAGAUGUGGACUCAAACGCCAUGGGGUUGA